AACGGCUUCAUUAGGAGCGACUGCCAGAUAACAUGAGUCGACGUUUUCUCUUGCUCUAUGCCUCGCAGACCGGCCAAGCGGAGGCGAUAGCGAAGAACGAGAUACACUCUCUGGCUCAAGACCACGGCCUCUCGCCUGUAACGUUCUGCAUGAGCCAGAAAGACAAGAAGUUUGAAAUUGAGAAGGAGUCAGUUGUUGUGUUUAUUGUUUCGACAACUGGAGAUGGAGAUCCACCUGAUACUGCACAGAAAUUCUGGAGAUGUCUUAAAAAUCAGAGUCUUUCGAAAUCAUAUCUGAAACAUUUGAAGUUUGCUCUCUUAGGUUUGGGUGAUAGCAACUACACAAACUUUUGUAAUUUCAGCAGAAUGUUGGGCAGAAGGCUACUCGAAUUGGGAGCGACGUCUUUCUACGAGACUGGAUAUGCUGAUGACAGUGUUGGUCUGGAGCGUGUAGUGGAACCUUGGACAGAUGGCUUAUGGACUCCAAUUCGAAAAGUUCUCGGUCUUCCCAAAUCGGACAAGGAAGAAAGCAAAGUAGAUGAUAAGCUCAAACUGACGCGGUCAGGUUUGAUUCAAGCUCAACCCGUACAAGCAUUGGAUUUGAAAGGUUUGCCUACGGCGUCUCGUUCUUCCCCCAGUUCUCCGAAAGAUGGAAAUGGUACUUCAAAAUUUGAUAGCAAGAAAGAUGUUCCAUUGACGGGAAAGACUGCUGAUACACGAGAUAAUAAUUUGACGUCAUCAGAAACUACUAAUGGAACGAAACAAGAAAAAGUUACAAAUCAGCCGGUCGUUGUUGUGUCGGAUAUUUCCAUCUCUUGUAAUGACAAAACAGUCACUGACAAAUCCACGCCAUCUGAUGGUGGCUCUACCAACGAUACUCAUAACCAUGCAGUCGCAUCCAAGCAAUUCGUUUCGAAAAAGCACUCAUCCAAGGCGAAACCAUCAUCCAAGAAGAGUGGUGCAUCGACAACUAAGAAACCGUCGGUUAUUGGCUGGAAGUCUGGAGGUAGCGCUAAAGUCAAAGACAAAGCCUCGGCAAGCAAGACUGCUGCCGGUCACUCUACUCACAGUAAAACAUCUCGUAAAGAAGCGGCAGCUGCGAAAGCUAAAGAUGCUGUCUUGGCAAACGGGGCCGCAAUCAAGGAUACUAACAGUGAAACAUUUGACAAGUUGAUUGCUGCUUUGAGGAAGAACAAUGCUGACCUAGAUGCCGUUUCGUUGACACUACCGGUACUUCCUCAUUCCCUCCUCAAUGUGCAGUAUGCAAAGGGUCUUCUUCCGGUGCUUGACUUUACUAAUACAAAGCAGUAUGCAGAAUCGUAUCCGUCUCAAGCGACUAGUUUGUUUAUUGCUACGAUCACUGCUUGUCAACAACUUUCGAGAGAUGACGCUGUGAAAACUGCACUGGAGGUUGAGUUGGAUACUAAGGGCUCUAAUGUCACUUACACACCCGGAGAUUCGUUUAGUAUUGUGUGCGAAAACAAUUCCGCGGAAGUGGAAUGGCUGGUUGAACGUCUUGGCCUUACAGCGAAAGCAAACGUCGGUGCUCGUCUUUCUGUAAGAGAAGACUCAAAAGCCAUAGAUCCUUGCGUUCCUGUUCAUCUUCCAAACCACUGGACUCCACGAGGGUGGCUUAAAAACUGUUGUGACAUCAGGGCAGUUCCCAGAAAGAUGUUUCUUCGGCAGCUGGCAGAGUGUACAUCGGAUCCACAAGAAAAGAAUCGAUUACUGCAGCUAUGUUCUCGACAAGGAUCUGCGGAGUAUGCGUCACUUAUUCGAGAAAAGAUGAUGUCGUUUAUUGAUAUUCUGGAUGCGUUUCCUUCCACCAUGCCGUCACUAAAUGUAGUACUGGAAGGGCUACCUCGUCUUCAGCCUCGCUCGUAUUCAGUGACAAGCUCACCGCUUGCUCUCGAGGACAAAGUAAAAUUUGUAUUCAAUGUUGUCGGGCUGCCGGCGAAACGAACUGAAGAGAGGAAGGGUGUGUGUACUGGUUGGCUGGACCGACUUACGAAAAGAUUCAAACAAGGAUACAAUGAUCUCGAUAAGCCUUCAAAGUUGCCGUCGAAUCCACCGAAAAUUCCGAUUUUUCUUCGUGUCAAUAAUCGGUUCAAAAUUCCUGAGGAUUAUUCGGUUCCCUUGAUAAUGAUUGGACCGGGCACGGGUAUUGCCCCUUUUGUUGGUUUUUUACAACACAGACAAGAGCAGCAAAUGGCUGCUAAAGCUGCUGGCAUGAGAAAAGUGAAAUUUGGCGAGACGUGGCUCUUCUUUGGCUGUCGUCACAAGGACAGAGACUUUCUUUACAGAAAGCAGUUGGAACAGUUUGUAGCAAACGGUACGCUGUCUCAUUUCAAUGUUGCGUUUUCUCGGGACGAAGGACAGCAUGAAUAUGCUCCCAGGUACGUUCAGCACAGUAUGAACGAACACGCGUCUACGUUGGCCGACCUAAUCCUGCUGCAGAAUGCAUCGAUAUUUGUCUGCGGCGAUGCGAGGAAUAUGGCUAAGGAUGUUAUGAAUACUCUGACAGAGGUGCUGAGUGACUGCGCAGGUAUGUCGAUGGAUGAGGCUAGCUUGUUUCUUCGUAGUAUGAGAGAGGCCAAGAAAUACUGCGAAGACGUCUGGACAUGAGCGUAAGUUGUGUAUUCCGAUAUAUACCCGUGAAGAGAGAAACUAUUGUCGAGGUGUUAACAAUUCUAUUUAUUUAUGUAUUUUUGUCAGUUGCCAUAAAUUAGUACUGCAUCGAUUGCUCUAUUUUUCCAUAAUAGAUCGUGUAUUCUUUAUUUUGUGAGGACAUCUAAUGAAAGUAGUAACUAUUGACGCCGUGAAUUAUAUGUCGUUUGCCGUUCUGAA